AUGGUGGUAGAGGAAUGCGAUUUUAUUGAAAAUUCGGAUACUGAAAAAUCUUACGCGAUUCCACAAUGCGUCGAAAAAUUAAAUCAAGUACAUGUAACAGAAGCUUUAAGUAAACAGAACUUUGUAUCUGCACCAGUUGCACGAAGUAAAAGGAUUGUAAACAAAAGUUACGUUGAUUUUUUAUCAGACAAUGAAGAUUUUGAAUGGUCAUCUUCGUCGUGGGUAGGAUCUUCAAAUGAUGAGUGUAGUGAAAAAGAAAGCUCUCGUAAAAAACAGAAAACGAAUUCAUUAGACGACGGAAAGGUAGAUGAUGACUUCUCAUCUGGACUAACAACAGAUCCAGAGGACCUGGAGAUACAACCUCCCAGGCGUAAAAGCACGCUCGUCGGUGGUACGUCCAGGAGAUCAGGAGUAGAAAUGGACAUGGCCACCAAAACAGCCAACGAAGAGCUGCAAAAAGGCAAGACGGCCCUAAAAAACGCAGGGAGCAUGAAGAGGGAGUGUAAGCUCAUAGCACUGGAAAGCCUACAGAGCUUAUACGAAAUAGUGCUCUCCCUCUCAGACUCCAGGUCCAGGCACAAACAUAAUCUGGAGGCGGAAAAGGCCAGACACGCGAGAGAGUUGGGUAAUGGAACUGAUUCGAUUCAGGAAGAACCAACCAACACUUCAGAGGAUGUACCAAUUGCUUCUCAAACUCCAAAAGAACCAGAGCUCCCAAAAAAUAGACACACCAUCCGAAGGCGUGACAAUCCACCAGAAUUGCAAGUUUCCAGUAGGCAGAUGACAGAAACCUUCAAUGAUUUAUAAAAAAUAAUUAGUUAUCCUUCAAAGGAUAGUAACGCUGUUGAGGACGAGUGCGACGUAUUCGGCAAACUAAUUGCUAAAAAACUGAAGAGGUUACCUGAACAUGAAAGGGACGAUAUAAUGUUCGAUAUACAUGCUCUAUUUCGGAAAAUACGUUAUGAAAGAUCUCCAUUAGUUGAAACCAUUCGUACUUCUACACCUAAGUCUACGCCCUAUUAUAAUCC